AUGGAUCAGCCUAUCAAGACAUGGAUCCUUACCAAGAGCACUGGUUACCCCUCAAGAGACUUCCUUCUCCAGCUUGGUCAGGUUCUUCGCGAUCCCAGACAGCCCAUGCUUCCGCUUUUCGCCUCAUCAGCUGACCCACCACCCCAGAUGUCGGGGAUGCAGGCUUCUGAGAAAAAGACUGAAGGUGUCACCAUGGGAAUAAACUUGAGCUUGGCUCGAUGUUUUGAUCUUUGGACAAACACCUCCGUUCUCCCAGCCGCGGGGGCUAUUCAGGCUGCGCGUAAAUGCCAACCUGCAGGGUGCGCCAAACGCAAAUUCGGGGUUCCUAACACAAGCAACGAGGCUCCAGCAGAACCAUGCCUCAUUCACUAA